AGUAAAGUUCGGUGAGCAAGUGCUGAGUCGUUCUACUAUCUUGGUGUGUAAAAUCUUCAACUUCGCUGCAAAAAAACGUGUGAUAAUAGCCGUGAUAAAUUUACGUAAUAAAUCUUGAAAGUUAUCGGAGGUGUGAUAAGAGCUACGAAACACAAAAUAAAAUAAUUAAUUCAGUAGCAAUGGAUCAGCAGAGUGUUGAUGUUGAAGAAAUUGUCGUUGAUCUUCCUAAUUUGGGGAGUUUGAGAGGAACUCAGGGAGUAACUGCUCGGACAAGGAGGAAGUUUUUUCAAUUUUUGGGAGUAAAAUACGCUGAGGCACCUGUUGGAGAGCUGAGAUUCAAGAAACCUGUACACAUUGCUCCUUGGACGGGUAUUAAGGAUGCCACGGAGUAUGGAGCAGCAUUUCCAAGCAUUUCAAACUACGAGAGUAUUCCUGAUGAGGAUAAAUUUAAUCCUGAACUUGAGGAUUGCCUGAGUCUCUGUGUAUACUCAGCAGAUCUUACAGGAAAGCUCCCUGUAAUGGUUUACAUUCAUGGUGGAAGUUUUAAUGAAGGAAAUUCAACUCAUCAUCCACCAAAUUAUCUCUUGGAAAAGGAUAUUGUGUUGGUUGUGCCUCAAUAUCGUCUUGGUCCCAUUGGUUUUAUGUCCCUAAUGACUCAAGAAAUUCCUGGAAAUGCGGGUAUCUUAGAUAUUUUACUAGCCCUUGAAUGGGUACACAAUCAAAUUGAAUUCUUCGGUGGAGAUCCUGAAAAUGUAUCGGCUUUUGGCCAAUCGGCAGGAGCUGUAAUUAUUUCCCAUCUCACCUUAAGUCCUCUAGUUAAUGAGAAUCUCUUUCAACGUGUUAUCCUUCAGUCAGGUAGCUCUUUCACACCUUGGGCUACUCAUGCUGAUGCUGUGGGUGAUGCCAGGAAAGCUGCAAUUGCAUCAGGAAGGUGCACAGAAGACUCUACAAUUGAGGAAUUUGAACAAUGUCUCCUAGAAAUGGAUGUAAAGUCCCUCUAUAAGUAUUCAAAUGGACUGAGAACUAGACCUGUUCUAGGAGGUCCUUCAGGUGUACUACCCGAAACACCUGAUGAGGUUUUCCUUCAAAGUUUAAAUCGAAAAGAUCUUUCAGUUAUGUUGGGAGUGACAAAGAACGAUGGAGGAUUCCAAUUGAUGCAAUUCUUCGAUAUUAUUGAAGGAACUAUUGGAUUUUCAGACACAAACUACAAUUCCUUCAAAUUGCUUCAUCUUUUUCUUCAGAAAACCAGAAUGAUAGAUGUUUCAGGGACACUCGCUGGGUUUAUUAGCUUAAAUCUCUGGGAACCAGAUGUUGUAGCCAGGGGGAAUUUUUCGGAAAUGCUUCCGGGAUUCUAUGAUACAGUAAAUACAUUUGUGAUCAAAGCUCCUGUGUGGAAGUAUGCGAAAAUGAAUGCUUCAGUUAAUCCUAAGAAUACUUGGCUCUACACCUUUGACUACGAAGGUGAGCACACGAGGCAUGGCUACGGUGAGGAUACGUCCAAGUAUCCCUUUGAAGGUGGAGUAGCGCACUCAGAUGACAACAUUUAUCUCUUCCCCUGGCCCAAAGAGGUAGCAAAUCUCAAUGAAGAGGAUACUAAAUUUUCACAGACAGUAGUGGAUCUUUGGACAUCAUUCGCAACAAAUGGUGUGCCAUCUAGUCCAGAAAUUCCUGAAUGGCUUCCAAUGGAAACACCGAUUGGACCCUACCUACAUCUGAAUCAUCCCAGCUCCGUUGCUUUUGAUUUCCGCGAGGAAUUCACAGUGGUGUCAAAGUUAGAUAAAUCGUCUGAGCUCCAGCAAAGCCAGCAAAUCACCCUGGAAGACUUGGUGUUGAGUUUUCCCUCCAAAUUGGUCGUGUUUCUGUUGAGGAUGGAUUGGAAAUUGGCGGUUGUGCUGCUUUACCAUCUUCUCGCAGUGGCGGAAGCAAAGCCAGCAGCAGCUGAGACACUAACAAUUCGCGUGCCAGGAAUGGGACCAAUUAUUGGGUCUGUGACGCAAACAGCAUGGACACAAUCUACAAUUUAUCAGUUCUUAGGCAUUAAUUAUGCCGAAUCACCAACAGAUGAGCUAAGAUUUAAGCUUCCAGUACCCAAAGCACCUUGGACAGACCUUAGAGAUACAACACAGCCUCCCAAACCAUGUCCUGGGUUACCUAUAUUGCUUGAGGAUCCAGAAGAUAUAGCGCCUGAUGUUGAAGAUUGUAUCUCCUUGUCCGUCUACACACGAAAUCUUUCCGUGGCUAAUCCUGUUAUGGUCUACAUUCACGGUGGAGCUUUUUUCAUGGGAGCAGCUUAUCAGCAUCCACCGCAGUAUCUUCUUGAGAAGGACAUUGUUCUAGUUGUACCACAGUACCGUCUUGGUCCUUUUGGUUUCCUUUCGAUGAAAAGUGAAAAUCUCCCCGGAAAUGCAGCCAUUUUUGACGUUAUUCUUGCUCUUAAGUGGAUUCAGGAGCACAUUAGAGCCUUUGGGGGUGAUCCAACGCGAGUUACCCUUGUUGGACAAUCUGCUGGAGCUGCUCUGGUUAAUGUCUUAGCCUACAGUCCAAUUGUUGAAGAACAUUUAUAUCAGCAGGUUAUUCUUCAAUCUGGUGGUUCGAUGGGAACAUGGGUAUGGGAUGAUAAUCCCGAGAGAAAUACAAGAGAGAUUGCAUUUAAGGCUGGUUGCAAUUACAACUCAACCGAUGCAGAACUCGAAGACUGCCUUAUACACAUGGAUGUAUAUCGAUUGAUGUUUGCCUUCAGUAAUCACGUGAAUGCUGGAACACCUAAUGGUCAAAAUCAAAUUGGAGGACACAGAGUAACAAUUGGUGGACCUUCAAACUUCCUCCCAGCUAAUCCUUUUGAUAUCAUGAGCAGUGGUGGAGGACGGAGGAAUCUUAGAAUGAUGGCAGGAGCAACAAAGAAUGAAGGAACGUUCUCCCUAAUUGGUGUCUACGAUGGCAUUAAUUCAACAAUUGGUUUCAAUAAUCUGCAAUUCAACAGAUUCCGCCUGAUUGACGUAGUUAACAGAUUCAUGGGAAUUUCAGACACAACAGGCACACUAAAUGGUUUCCUAUCGAAGAGCCUGUGGACGCCAUCGCAGAUGAAUAGUGGGGAAUUCUUAGAUCUCAUUGAUGGGCUCGUUGAUCUCUGUGGUGUUUCCAUAAUCAAAGGCCCCGUACUUAGGGCUGCACAGGGGAAUGCUUUCUUCAACCCAAAUGAAACUUGGCUGUAUAGUUUUGAUUACAUGGGGGAGCACACGAGAUUCGGAUACGGAGCAGACACAUCAGUAUAUCCCUUUGAAGGUGGUGUAACGCAUUCCAAUGACAACAUCUACCUCUUCCCAUGGCCAGAAGAUGUGGCAACGCUCAAUGAGGAAGAUACGCAAUUUAGCAUGAAAAUGGUGGAGCUCUGGACAUCAUUUGUGAGGAAUGGAGUACCGUCUUCUGAGGGAGUUGUCGAAUGGCCACCAAUGACCAAUGUUACCGGACCCUAUUUACACAUUGAUGCGGUUUCUCACAUUGGGCAGGAUUACCAUGAUGAGUACUCGGUAACGGCAAGAGAAGGAAUUCCAAGUAGAUUGAAUAUUGUUUAAGAAAUUUGCAAGAAAAACAUUUUCUUAUUCCUAAAUAAAAAUAUUUGUUAAAU